UUUCUCGGGUCUAACACUAGCACUGGUGCCUUUUCCGCCAAUUCUAUUAUUCAGUCAUCGCAUUGUAAAUUACUGCGAAUAGAAAUAAACUAGAUACUUAAAUAAAAUCCCAAAACUAGAAAAACCCAGACUUUCGAAGACAACACUGGCUGCGCAAAUAGUGACUGUGUCAACUUCAAUAAUGACGAAAGGAAGUAGAAGCGUGUUUAUGUCAUGAUACAAUGAAUACAAUAUUCAUCAUAGAUAAGACAACUGAAGACAAACUCUUCGUUCAUUGUAUCAUGUGUUUAUGUUAAAUUGAAAAUGGUUGAGUGAUGUUUCUGAAUUGAACAUGUGCAAAAUAGCACUGUUUUUAUUGAUUGGAUGAAUAACAUGAGCUCAGAUAGUUCCGAUGAUGAGAAUUUGGACCUUCUCAGAGAAGCCGUCGAUCAUGAAUUCCUAAAUGACUCCAUGUUCACGGAAAAACCCUUUAAUUCUCAAGAAAAAGCCGAGAACAAUCCAAAACCACCAUCGCUCAGAAAAACCCAAGACGAAGAUGAGCAGUUCAAUUUGUUCAGAGUGACCCCAGAGUUCCAGCAACACGUAGCCAAGCAUUUGUCACAAAUUAUAGAGGAUAAAUUGCAAAAACUGACCAAGAUUGUUGAAAACAAAGACUCAGUUCCUACACAGAAGAAGCGUAAAGCUGGUGUAAAGUUGUUCAGUAACUCCGACAAAGUUUUGAAAGUUAUUAAAGUGAACAACCUGGAAAAGCAGUGCUUACCUAGGGCUAGACCUUUGAAUUUGAAGAGAGCAUAUGAGCCCAUUGAUGAGUCUGCUUUGAAGGAAGUAGCAGUGAGUUCUGAGGAUAUCUUGAGUCAAAAAGAGACAAAGUCUUGGUCAAAUCGCAGCAAAGCCCCAGUGUAUCAUUACAAACAGUCCAGUGACGGCCAACUAGUUCUAGUGGAACCCCAAUUCCAGUGAUAAAACUUAGAUAAGCAAUUGUAGUUGAUAGGAUAUGGCUAAUAUGUCGCAGUUCAGGUUGAAUGUUCCUAACUUGGGCCCUGAUAUUAUUGGGCCUCCGAGCAACCCUAAGAAAAGACGGAAAAAUAAU